AUGAGAGAGCCUCUCUCUCUCUAUGGAGGCAGAGCGGCUGAGGAGUUAGGGGGGCAGACGGCAUUCAUACUCUGGAACCAGAGAAAACCGCGACUGCCACAGUACCACUGUCGGGAAAUAGAGAGGGUGGAGGGGGCUAGGGGGGGGGGGGGCGGGGGGGGGGGGGGGGGGGGCAAGAGACAAUCACCUAACUCUGGAGGAGGGGCACGGGCGGUGGGUGGGACUUUGUGCGAACUUGUGAUGGGGGGGCGGAGGGGGGGAGGGAGGGGGUGGGAGGGGGGGCGUGGGGGGGCGGGGGAGGGGUCGUUGGGGUGGGGGGGGGGAGGGGGUGAGGGGGGCGCGGAGGGGUGGUCGGGCGGGGAGUGGGGGGUGGGAGGGGGGGAGUCUGUUGAUGGGAAAUCUGGGGGUGUGAGCGGUGUGUUGAGCUGCGGAUGUGUAUCCGGGGAUGGCGUGAGGCCGACUUAUUGUUCUAUCUGUGAUGUAAAUGGGGUAGUAUGGUUAAAAGGGGGGCGGGAAGUACAUAGGGGGGGGGGGUGA